AUGAAGCGGACAAUCAUUUCAAACUCAAAAUACCUUCUAUCCCGAUCAGUUUACAAAACCCAUCCAGAACUGUUCACAUCGGAAUCCAAACACCUAAGAACGGUCAUCAAAAGUCAACAACAAAGUCCCGCGAAUUCUACUAUCCUCAGAGCAUUCAGUAAUACCCGUCCCAAUCAAACCGUUCACAGGCGGUUUGGCGAGGAGAGCAAGAAACUAAGAAUCAGAUGGUCACUUACCCCGUCCCGGAAUGGGCAAUACCGGAAAUGGUCCUAUGACCAAAAAGGUUCCGAACUACCUUCGUGGAUGUGGUACAUCGGUGCUGCUGGUGGGAUUUAUUAUGUUAGUCACCUAGAGAAAGUCGAAUUGACCGGUAGAUGGCGUUUCAUGGAUACGAGCAUUCAAGCUGAAAUCGCUACAGGAGAAGAAGUUUAUAUGGAAACAUUAGCUCAAUUUCGCUCGAAACUUUUACCUCCAACCCAUCCGACCACUAGAUUCAUUACCAGUGUCGCUCAAAAAAUCAUCCAAGCUUCAGAGCUGGCUCAGCGCCCUGAUGAAUCCAUCGACAACUUGACAAGUUCAUCCCCUGAGUUUGAUGACUGGGCAUCUCCCGGGAGUUCGUUCUCUUCGGACCCGCGCCCGGUUCCAGAUUGGAAAAUUCACGUGAUUGAUGAGCCCAAAAUUCAGAAUGCGUUCGUUAUUCCAGGUGGGAAGAUAUUUGUUUUUACAGGAAUCUUGCCGAUCUGCCAAAAUGAAGCUGGUUUAGCGACUGUUUUAGGACAUGAAGUAGCUCAUCAAGUCUUGAGACACCCCGCCGAACGAAUGUCCAGCUUGAAAGUCAUCUUCCUGUUGACCACACUGUUGAGCGUCAUUGGACUUGAUCCAGGCACAUGCCGCGCCGCUGUCACGCUGCUGAUGACUUUGCCAAACUCACGUCGAAGUGAAAUUGAAGCCGACCAAAUUGGGCUGAACAUUAUGGCUUCCGCGUGUUAUGAUCCAAGGGAAGCUAUCGGAGUUUGGAAAAGAAUGGACGAGCAUGAUCGGUCGAGUCGAACAGCCAGAAAAGCUACCGAGUUUCUUCAAACACAUCCCACUCAUGAUAGAAGAAUAGAAAAGAUCACUUCCUGGCUGCCCGAAGCUCAGAGUUAUUUAGACCGAAACUGCGGAUUUACAAAUAAAGCCUUUCGAGAAUACAACCGUUGGAAUCCUUGA